GACCAAAUUCCAGCAAUGUGCUUACCAGCAUUCCCAGAGCAAGGUAUAUCUGAUUAUACCAUGGCUUCUAAUGGAAAAGACACAACUAUGGCAUCCCCAGAGCAUGGGGAGGAAGAGCAACAGAAUGUCUUGAGGAGGGUGGCCAGUCUACCUUUAGUCAACUCUGCCUAUGAUCUGGCUGCCACUGCCUAUGCUUCCACCAAGGAGAGCCAUCCCUAUGUGAGGUCCAUCUGUGACAUGGCAGAGAAGGGAGUGACCUCCAUAACCAGUGCUGCAGUUAGCAGUGCACAGCCAGUUGUAACUAAACUUGAACCUGAGGGGACAACAGAGGAGGAGUGCGUUUCUGAAGUACCUGACAAAGUGGAGGAGAAUCUACCAGUCCUUCAACAGACUGCUGAUGAGGCUACAUCUGAGACACAGGAGUUGACCUCUGUCAGUCUGGAAGAGGUCAAGGAGACCAUGAUCAGAGUGGUAGAUAUGACCAAAGAGGCUGUGCAGGACAGUAUGAAGACCACCAAAUCAGUGGUAACUGACAGCAUGAGCACAGUUGUGGAAUCAAGAAUGGGCCAAUUGGCCAUAAGUGGAAUGGAAGCAGUCCUGGAGAAAUCUGAAGAGCUCUUGGAUCACUAUCUUCCCAUGACAGAUGAUGAACUAGCUGAACUUGCUGAAUCUGUGGAAGGGGCUGAAGUGUCUUCAGCACAACCACAAGAGCAUCGGAGUUACUUCGUGCGUUUAGGUUCCCUGUCAACUAAACUUCGCCAACGUGCCUACCGCUACUCCCUAAACAAGAUGAGACACACCAAUCAAAGCAUCAGAGAGGCUCUUUCCCAGCUUCAUGAAACCAUGGGACUGAUUGAAUACCUUAAGCAAGGGGUUUCUCUCCAAGAAGUCCAGGAGAAGUUCCAUCACAUAUGGCUGAGCUGGAAUAGAGAGCAGCCAGAAAGCAGUGAAAUCAAGGAUCUGGCAAAACCAGAGAUGGAGUCUGAGACCCUGGCUAUGUCCCGCAGCAUUAUCCAGCAGCUGCAGGAUGCCUGCCAGAUGCUAGUAGCCAGCAUUCAAGGUCUCCCCACCAACUUUCAGGAUAAGGUGAAACAGAUGUAUCACAACAUGGAAGAGCUUCAUGCAUCCUUCUCCACUGCCCAUUCCUUCCAGGAUCUCUCCAGCAGCCUCCUAACCCAGAGCCAGGAGAUGGUGACCAAGGCCCAGGAAUAUGUAGAUGAGCUGAUGGCAUACGUGAUGGAGACUACUCCUCUGUCUUGGGUUGUGGGACCCUUCAUCCCAUUGGGUAAGGGGUCUGCAGACGCCAUUGAACCAGAAAACCAAGAAAAUGAGGCUUCAGAAGCCUGCAAGUCUAAGGAGGCCCUGUGACCUAGAAACCUGAAACUUCAACUGCUAAGGAAGAAAGCACAUUCAUUCGGUCUUCCUUCUGACUUGAUGUGUACUAGCAUAUAUCGAAGACACCAGUGGCUAUUACUCAUCUGCACUGUGCCUAAAUCUCUCCUAAUGUCUGGAGGUGUUGUGUGACUGCUAUAAUGUAGAUCACUUCUCAGCUCAGAUACUACUUGUUUGUGUUAUCACUGUCUUCAAAAUAAAAUGUCACUUCAUUUGAA